UCUCUGUUUUAAUCAAUUUGAAACGUACCCUUAGCAUCAGCAUUCUCCCAUAGUCAAGAUGGCUGCGACCUCCAAUCCCAAAACCAAAACCGAACCGGAUCUGAGUCGCUAUUACAAUGUUGUGAGAGCAACAGGCCUUGGAUUCCAGAUUGGUGUGGCUGGGGACACUGCAUUCCAGUUUCUUAAAGCCUUAUAUGCUUCUCCCAAAGGUGUUAGUACCUUCCACCGCCUUGGAAGCGCGUGCCAGAACGUGCGUCUCCGACCCUAUGCAAGCAUCCUCGCCGCCAUUGUUGGCAGUGCUUGUGCUCUUCACAAGGCCCACGACAAAUGGCUGCGCCCAAUCCAGGAUAUUCAAGACACACAAAAAGUUGUUUUAACGAAGGAUCAAUCCCUGAAAGGGUGGUUUUGUGAAACUGCCUAUGCAACUGGCUUGAAUUUCCAUUUCGGGCUUAUUGGGGGCUCCGCCUACCACUUUCUCAGAGCAGUGGACGGCGGUGGCUUCCCCCGCCUCGGCUGUGCGUUCCGUGCAGUGAGCCUCAACACGCUGGGUGUCGCCGGCAAGUUUGGUGCCUGGUCCCUACUCGGCGACACCUUAACAUAUGCAUCGUCCGUUGCUUUUAAACGGAAUUAUGAUGACUCAUGGAAAACUACCAUUGUUGCUGAUGCUGCUGCCGUAGGGCUGCUCUCAGCCCGCCGUGGCCUCCCUGCCGCUGCUGCCUUUGCCGCCCUUACCGGCGGUAUGGAACUUCUUCUCAUGGGGCUGGACCAUUGUCUUCAAGAUAACCGACCAUCAUGCAAAGAAGGGGUAGAGGUAGAGCAUGUGGAUUAUAAUAUUCAAGAUAUGAAUCCAACUCAACAAGCUGAGAAGACAAACACAAACAUGGUUGAAGAACAAGACAAUGUUGGAAGCUAA